AUCUUGGGAGUUAUCGCCGGACGGCCACAGAGCCUACCUUCAUACUUCUGUUUUCUCUCUCUCUCUCUCUCUCUCUGAGUGUGUGUGUGUGUGUGUUAAGCGUAGUUUCCUGUGAGGAAGUUGCAGAUCCACUGGAGUCACGAACCCGCACUUGUUCUUCACUCAGAGAAUGGUUGCGUAGACAGUGAACAUGGGCUCCCUACUGUCGUCCUUUGGUAUAGAGUGUGGAGCGAAGGAGCCGGAGAAGGAAAGGGUUCUGCGGGCAAAUGAUCGGGAGUAUAACCUCUCUUUUAAGUAUGCGAACAAUGAGAUUAAGACCUCCAAGUAUAACCUUAUUACAUUCAUACCACUCAACCUUCUAGAGCAGUUGCAGAGGAUCGCCAAUGCCUACUUCAUUGCACUGCUCGGUCUUCAGCUCAUCCCUGCGAUCUCCUCCCUGUCCUGGUUCACCACGGUGGUGCCCCUGCUGCUGGUGCUCUGCAUGACAGCAGUGAAGGAUGGCAGCGACGAUGUGAACAGACACAAGAGUGACAGGCAGGUGAACAAUCGCAAAGUGGAAGUCCUGGUUAAUGGCGAACUUAAGAGUGAGAAAUGGAGGAACGUUCGAGUGGGCGACAUCAUCAAGCUGGAGAGUAACCAGUUUGUGACGGCAGAUGUGUUACUGCUGUCCAGCAGUGAGCCCUUGAACCUGGUGUACAUAGAGACCGCUGAGCUGGACGGGGAGACUAACCUGAAAGUGAAGCAGGCUUUGACCAUCACUGGGGAGUUGGGAGAUGACAUUCAGAAGCUGGCAGCCUUCAAAGGCGAGGUAUGCUGCGAGCCCCCCAACAACCGUCUGGAUAAGUUCACGGGGAACCUGACGGUGGACGGACAGACGCUCUCGCUGGACAACGAGAAGAUCCUGCUGCGGGGCUGCACGCUCAGGAACACUGAGUGGUGCUUUGGUCUGGUGGUGUUCGGAGGCCCAGAUACUAAGCUCAUGCAGAACUGCGGGAAGAACAGGUUCAAGCGCACGAGCAUCGACUUCCUCAUGAAUGUGCUUGUGCUGUGUAUCUUUGGAGGCCUGGCGUUCAUGUGCACUGUGCUGGCCAUUGGUAAAGGGAUCUGGGAGACCCAGGAGGGCUCGGCCUUCGCUGCCUUCCUGCCCUCUGAUGAUGGCUACAACCCCGCCUUUUCUGCCUUCCUCACCUUCUGGUCCUACGUCAUCAUCCUCAACACUGUGGUGCCCAUCUCACUCUAUGUCAGUGUGGAGAUCAUUCGUCUAGGCAACAGCUACUACAUCGACUGGGACCGUAAGAUGUACCAUGAGGCCAGCAACACCCCGGCACAGGCCCGCACCACCACGCUGAACGAGGAGCUGGGCCAGAUCAAGUACAUCUUCAGCGACAAGACGGGCACGCUCACGCAGAACAUCAUGACCUUCAACAAGUGCUCCAUCGACGGGAAGACCUACGGAGAUGUUUUUGAUUUCGCUGGACAGAGGAUUGACAUCACCGAAAAGACGCCUAAGGUGGACUUUAGUUGGAACCAGCUGGCGGACCCAAAGUUCUAUUUCCACGACAAGAGUCUGGUGGAGGCGGUGAGGCAGGACUCGAAAGACACGCAAGCUUUCUUCCGACUGCUUGCGCUCUGUCAUACCGUCAUGCCUGAGGAACUAAAGGACGGUGGUCUGAACUACCAGGCCCAGUCCCCAGACGAGGGAGCUCUGGUGACGGCGGCACGGAACUUUGGCUUCGUGUUCCGCUCCCGGACGCCAGAGUCAAUCACGGUGGUGGAGAUGGGCAAGGAGAUCACUUACGACCUGCUGGCUGUUCUGGACUUCAACAACGUCCGCAAGCGCAUGUCUGUCAUCGUGCGCAGUCCCGAGGGGAAACUCAUUCUUUAUUGUAAGGGAGCUGACACCAUCAUUUAUGAGAGACUGCACCCUUCCUGCUCCAAGCUGAUGGAGGUCACCACACAGCACUUGAAUGAGUAUGCGGGAGAGGGCCUCCGCACCCUGGCCCUGGCCUACAAGGACCUGGACGAGGACUACUUUGAGAGCUGGAGAGAGCGCCACCAUGAGGCCAGCACUGCCAUGGACAGCCGUGAGGAGAAGCUGGACGCCAUCUACGAGGAGAUCGAGAAAGACUUGAUGCUUUUAGGAUCCUCUGCAGUAGAGGAUAAGCUACAGGACGGCGUCCCUCAGACGAUAGAGCAGCUCGCCAAGGCCGAUAUCAAGAUCUGGGUGCUGACCGGAGACAAACAAGAGACGGCUGAGAAUAUCGGCUACUCCUGUAACAUGCUGAGAGACGAGAUGAAAGAGGUCUUCAUCGUGGCGGGAAACACACCCGAGGAGGUGGCAGAGGAGCUGCGAUCUGCCAGGAAGAAGAUGAAACCAGAGUCACCAGAUGAGCCACCCCUGCACAAGAGUGGCUUUCUGGGUAAAAAGACGGAGGUGGUGGAGGAUGAGACAGUGGAGGGCGAGUACGGCCUGGUCAUCAAUGGACACAGUCUGGCCUAUGCCCUGCAGAAGGACCUGCAGCUGGAGCUGCUCCGGACGGCGUGCAUGUGCACGGCGGUGAUCUGCUGCCGGGUCACGCCCCUGCAGAAGGCCCAGGUGGUGGAGCUGGUCAAGAAGCACAAGAAGGCCGUGACGCUGGCCAUCGGAGACGGAGCCAACGACGUCAGCAUGAUCAAAGCUGCCCACAUCGGCGUUGGCAUCAGCGGGCAGGAGGGCAUGCAGGCGGUGCUGUCCAGCGACUUCUCCUUCGCCCAGUUCCGCUACCUGCAGCGCCUCCUGCUGGUGCACGGCCGCUGGUCCUACAUCCGCAUGUGCAAGUUCCUGCGCUACUUCUUCUACAAGAACUUCACCUUCACCUUCGUCCACUUCUGGUACGGAUUCUUCUGCGGUUUCUCCGCCCAGACUGUGUAUGAUGAGUGGUUCAUCACACUCUACAACCUGGUGUACACUGCCUUACCUAUCCUUGGCCUUGCUCUAUUCGAUCAGGAUGUUGACCAUCGCUGGAGCUUCCGCUACCCGCAGCUGUACGAGCCGGGUCAGCUGAACCUGUACUUCAGCAAGACGGCGUUCGUGCGCUGCGUGCUGCACAGCGGCUACAGCUCGCUCAUCCUCUUCUUCAUCCCCUACGCCGCCAUCCACGACACGGUGCGCGACGACGGCAAGGACAUCGCCGACUACCAGUCCUUCGCCCUGCUCGCGCAGACCUGCCUGCUCGUGGCCGUCAACAUGCAGAUUGGUUUGGACACCUACUACUGGACAGCAGUGAACCAGUUCUUCCUCUGGGGCAGUAUGUCUGUGUACUUUGCAGUCUCUUUCACCAUGUACAGCAAUGGCAUGUACCUCAUCUUCACCUCAUCAUUCCCCUUCAUUGGUGUGGCCAGAAACUCCUUAAACCAGCCCAACGUGUGGCUAACAAUCCUCUUGACGUCGAUCUUGUGUGUGUUGCCUGUGCUGGCCUACCGCUUCCUCUAUAUGCAGCUAAAGCCCACCAUCAACGAUAAGGUGCGGUACCAAGUCAGACAAGAAAAAGCACCCCCUCCGGAUGUGCCAUACCGCUUCCGCAACCGGCGAAUCAGCACGCGCCGCUCGGGCUAUGCCUUCUCUCACUCGCGUGGCUAUGGCGACCUGGUGACCUCCGGCCGCUUCCUCCAGCGUCCGGUGAAGAGCCGACCGGCCCUGUUCUUCCGCAGCAAUCCCUCUGGGUCUCCAGUGAGCGAGGAUUCGCCGCAGGUUUUCCGCACCAUCUCCGAAGAGCCCAGAGCCUGAACCUACUGUACUCACACACACACGCACAAAUCCAAACACACACAUACUCACAGGCACAAUUGCAAGCACACACAUUUACAGACACACACACACACACACACACACACACACACACACACACACACACUCUCACACACGCAGACAACUGCAAACAGGCACACGCACAUAUUUAAACCCACACUCAUCCACACAGACACAUCUUUACACACUGGGCUAGGCUGCCUUGAUGAAGGACUGGCACAGACUGCCCCUGACUGAACUGUGGACUUCACUCAGAACUGAAAGUGACACUUGAAAUGGUGUUCCUGAGUGUAGCACUUCAAGAAAGUGCACUGGCAUUGUGAGGGACUACAGUACUGUCAUCAUACUGUCUCUGGAGAGAUGAUCAUCACACAUGUUGAACACUCUUUCCAAAGUUCUUAGUCAGGAGAGAGGGAGAUAUUUUUUGGAGUACAGAUGUUCAAUUUUACUGAAAGGAAGUGUUUGCAAUGAAGUGAAUUAAAACGUUCUCCACACUCUUCCUUCAAUGCAAAUAUCCUCCAAAAAAGAGCAGUCUGUCUACCGUUGAAGUCUGCCAGGAGUUUUGUUAAAGUGUAUGUAUCAAUUGUAUGUACAGUAUCAGCAGGUCUGGAGUGUGUGGCUUUAUUUCCCAGUCUUAACACAAGCACUGACGCACCAUUGGCCAUUUGCGAAACUAAGACAUCCACCAAGGACAUUUGGUCUGAGCAGUAUAACCGAAUAACUUUAGUUCGAUCAAAAGCCGAAUGUAAAAAGGGAAGGCAAAGUUUUGUUUCCAAUGCCUGAUUAGUUUCCCCUUCAAGAUCACUGCCAAAUCCUCAUUUCAGAUACACACACACUGCAUAGUACUGUGAAUUUUGUUUUCAAAUGGAGAAGAGAAAAUUGUGAUAGCAGUAUGAGAAUAGAUAUUGAGGAAUGGGGGAGAUUACUAGACUAUAACAUUAUCAUCUUGAAUUGAAGGACUUAAGGACUUCAGCUCUUCGAAUAAGCACUUCCCAUGUUCGCUUUAGAGGGGAAACUUGAUGUAAAACAGAAAACCACUUAAAACACUACAUUAUGUCUUUUUUAUUGUUAUUAUGUCUCAAAGGGUGCCUUAGCACACAUCCUGAUCUUUUAUGUAAUGUGUAAUUGCAUGUCAACUAGAGAUUGAAGAUGAGCACAUUCCCUUAAAUAUAAAAGAGAGGAAUCGCCACUUAUGUUAACAGUGGUUCAUGAAAUAAUAUGCCACUAAUUAGGUUAUUGAGGGCCAGGGUAUUUUGUCAUAUAUUUAGAUGUCAUUACAUUGUCUUGUGUGUUUUGUUUGAAUCAUGUGUCUUAACUAAAUUACAUUUCGGAUGUUUUUGUAGAA